UGCAGGGGCGCAGAGCAGCGGAGCGGGGCGCAGGGGCGCGGGGAGCCGCACGCAGGGGCGCGGGGAGCCCGGCGUAGCGGGGCGCAGGAGCGCGGGGACCUGCACUGCUGCGCCGACGGCCCCGCGAGCGGGAUGGGGAGCCGCGCUGUCCCCGGGCCCGGCCCGUCGCCCCCCCGGCCCCGGCUCCCGCCGCUGCCGUUGCUGCUGCUCGCGCUGGCGGCCCGCGGGACCUGGGGCGCGCCCGCGCCCCGCGCGGAGGACCUCAGCUUCGGAGUGGAGUGGCUGAGCAGGUUUGGCUACCUGCCCCCUGCAGACCCCACAACAGGGCAGCUGCAGACACAGGAGGAGCUGACCAAGGCCAUUGCGGCCAUGCAGCGGUUCGGAGGUCUGGAGGCCACCGGCAUCCUGGACGAGGCUACCCUGGCUCUGAUGAAGACCCCGCGGUGUUCCCUCCCCGACCUCCCGGCCGCAGCCCCAGCGCGAAGGAGGCGCCAGGCUCCAGCUCCGACCACGUGGAACAGACGGAGUUUGUCCUGGAGGGUCCGCACGUUCCCACGGGACUCGCCCCUGGGCCGCGACACGGUGCGCGCGCUCAUGCACUACGCCCUCAAAGUCUGGAGCGACAUCACGCCCCUCAACUUCCACGAGGUGGCGGGCAGUGCGGCGGACAUCCAGAUCGACUUCUCCACGGCCGACCACAACGACGCCUACCCCUUCGACGGCCCCGGCGGCACCGUGGCCCACGCCUUCUUCCCUGGAGACCACCACGCCGCGGGGGACGCCCACUUUGACGAUGACGAACCCUGGGCCUUCCGCUCCUCAGAUACCCACGAGAUGGACCUGUUUGCGGUGGCUGUCCACGAGUUUGGCCACGCCAUCGGGCUGAGCCACGUGGCGGCCACAAGCUCCAUCAUGCAGCCCUACUACCAGGGCCCAGUGGGCGACCCUCUGCACUACCGUCUCCCCUACGAGGACAGGGUGCGGGUCUGGCAGCUGUACGGCGUGCGGGAGUCUGUGUCCCCCACGGUGCAGCCAGACGCCCUGGAGCCCGAGGAGCCUCCGCUCCUGCCCGAGCCCCCCGACAAUCGGUCCAACUCCCCGCCCAGGAAGGACGUGCCCCACCGCUGCAGUACGGACUUCGAUGCUGUGGCCCAGAUCCGCGGGGAGGCCUUUUUCUUCAAAGGAAAGUACUUCUGGCGAUUGACACGGGAUGGGCACCUGGUGUCACUGCGGCCCGCGCAGAUGCACCGGUUCUGGCGGGGUCUGCCGCCGCGCCUGGACAGCGUGGACGCCGUGUAUGAGCGCGCCAGUGACCACAAGAUCGUCUUCUUCAAAGGAGACAGAUACUGGGUAUUUAAGGACAAUAACGUAGAGGAAGGAUACCCACGGCCCGUCUCAGACUUCGGCCUCCCGCCGGGCGGCGUCGACGCUGCCUUCGCCUGGGCCCACAAUGACAAGACUUAUUUCUUUAAGGACGAGCUGUACUGGCGCUUCGAUGAGCACACGCGGCGCAUGGACCCCGGCCACCCCGCCCGGAGCCCCCCGUGGAGGGGCAUCCCCCGCACCCUCGACGAUGCCAUGCGCUGGUCUGACGGUGCUGCUUACUUCUUCCGUGGCAAGGAGUACUGGAAGGUGCUGGAUGGUGAGCUGGAGGCCGCCCCCGGGUACCCGCAGUCCACGGCGCGGGACUGGCUGGUCUGCAGAGACCCGCAGGCGGACCCGGAGGCGGCGGGCGGCGAGGCCAGGGCCCACGCCCAGCCGGGACAGCACGGCCAGAGCCGCGCCGAGGACGCCUUCGAGGUCUGCUCCUGCACCUCGGCCGCCUCUUCUCCCGCAGGGGCCUCGGGCCCACUGCUGGCCGCCUCGCUGCUGCUGCCCCCGAGCGCCCUGUGGACGGCAGCCCGGGCCCUGGCGCUCUGACCGCCGCCGGCCUGCGAGAGGGCAGAAGGGGCACGGUUGGGGUCUCUCCGAACAUGGGCGAUGCCCCCACCCCUCCAGUGCCCGGACCAAGAGUUCCUGCAGCGCCACACGUGGCCUUGGGGCCCCAGCCUGGCGGAAAAGGAUGCACUGCGGACUCCCAGCAGAGGCCACCGGGUCGCACCCCGGACGCCCCGCGUGUUGCGAAGAGGCCAGCAGAGGGCGCUGCCCCUCAGGCGCUCGGCCGGCGCCGGGGGGCUGACUGCCGGCUGUUGAGCUGGGGAGACUCGGCAAGGCAAGGCCGGCCAGGCCAGGCUGGGGACAGGAGCCUGCCGCUGCACCACCAGGACGCAGUGAUGAGCCCGGGGACGCGGGGCGGGGACGGGCGUUGGGUGGGCCUGGGGACCUCAGCCUGUGCGGAGCCAAGCACCAACCAACCUGGUCUGGCGCCCCGACUGCUGCCGCUGGUGCUUCCGCCCACCCCUGGGGGGCUCUUGUCCGCCCCCGACUCCUGUUCCUGUGGGCCCACAGCUGCCUCCAACCCACACGUGAGCCCCCAGGAUGGGGCAGAGGCCGGCCCACUUCUUGACACAUUUCAGACAAACAUGACCUCUCCCUGCUUCCUCCUGGCUCAGCCUCGGCUCCCUGAUGCCCUGCAGGCGGGAGCCGCAGGGUGAAUGUCCUCUGGGCCUGAGGGGCCAUGCAGACUUGGCCCCAGACCCUUCUGCCCUUGGGAGGGGCCGGAGCUUCCAGGAAGAGGCCUGUGCCGUGCCCAUUUCCUCGCUGGGGCUCACUGACCCCUUCUUGUCCAGCCCCUCCCGAUCCCCAUCCCUCGGGCCUGACACCCAUUUCCCAGGCAGGGGAGUUGAGGCUCAGUCCCGGAACAGGAGCCUGCUUCCCGCAGGCAGGUCUCAGAGCCGGGGCUGCCCCGGGCUCGCUGACGAGGCCCCUCCCUGUGCGCUUGCUACUCUGCGGGGACGUGCAGAACGAGACGGUGCCUGUUCUCCGGGCGGCAGUGGGACACCGGCUGCCAAAACCAGGGAGCAGGAAGGGCAGGGAGGCGGCUGGGCGGCUAGUCUGGGGACCGCCCUCUCACCUGGAGAGGCAGGGAGAGGUGCACCCCACAGUCAGGAGAGUUGGCUUACCCCAGCCGCUCCUCCCUUGCAACCCAGGCCCGCCCAGGUGUUGGGCCUCGCCCCUUCCCCAGCAAGGGGUGGUAACCCCUCUGAUUCCAGAGGCGCCCACAGGCCUGAGGGUGGGUGCACAGAGGGCCUGCCAGGCCCCGUGAGAGCGAGCACCCCAGGCACUGGCAUGACCGGGACCUGGUAGAAUGCAGAUUCCCAGCCCUGCCCCCCGCGGUUGGAGCACAGUGGGUGCACCGGCCACGUGUGUUAACCCCCAGCUGGGUGGCGCUCUGCUCUCCUGGGGGUCCGGAAAGCCUGAGCAGGAUGGGCAGAAGCAAGGGAGGAGCCGGUUAUGUGGUCAGAUGGAAGAGGCUGGCCAGGGAAGGAAGGUGCAAAUGUCCAGGGUACGGGGGACCCAGGAGGGCAGGGCCAGCCCAUGGGGGUUCCCUCCCUGCACAGGGGGGGCUUGUCCAGUCCC